AUGGGAUGUCUCGCCCGUAUCUGCGAGAACAUCGGCUUCUAUAAUGGCCUGUGCGGCAGCUCUCCGACCGAGAUCCAGGACGACACCUCGAGCGUUGGCCCGCAAAAGGGCUGGGACUGCUUCCUCUUUGUUAACUAUAGCUGUGCGUCCGACAAAGGCCAUGUCACUAUCGAGUACCCCGGCAUCCCCGACCUUGGCAACGACAACAACGCCCUAGAAUGA